AUGGCAGACGAUUCUAGGGAUUCAGGCCCUGCACAAGAGCCCGGCAGCCACCUCCCAGCCAGCACCCCCUCCACCGAUCCGAAGAAACCAAAACACGACUUCCCCCAGUCACAAGUCGGAAAGUUAUGGGACGCUUUUGGCAACCCGGAGGAACCUCUCAAUGCGCUCGCAAAUGCGUCAUAUAAACCACCGGGGAAGAACCGUCAAGAUGUCUCCUACUCAGAAGUUAUCGGCACAUUCUCGGCUUCUGAGCUCUCGACCUUCCACAGAGUCCCAUGUGCCCGAGAGUCAUUAUUGACUGGAAUUGGAGCUGGCUUUGGAAUUGGUGGGAUGCGAGCUGUAUUCGGCGGGAUGCGUUCGUUGUGGUCGGCCGGCAAUUGGGCCGUCGGGAUAUUCGCCAUCAGCUCUCUCGCUUCCUAUGAGAUAUGUCGGCGGCGCCGAAUCGAAGAGCUGCACGGUAUGACAGAAGCGGUCGGAUUGAUGAAACAAGUCAAGGAAAAGAAGCAGCAGGAAAAGGAAAUGGCUGCCGUGGCGGCAGCGCAACGUGCCGAGGAGGAAAGACGCAAGAGUUGGACGAACCUUUCCAACUACAAAUUCUGGUAG